AUGCGGCGAGAGGGACGGCAGCGAGGGUGGGUGCGCGUGUACGACCGCGCCCUGGUGGACCCGGAGGGCAAGCGCCGCGCCGUGCACGUCGUCGACGGCCCCGUGGUGGCCAACGGCGGCUUCAUCCGGGCGCCGCGGAAGCCGACCAACCAGUCCAAGUCCGGCGGCCUCCGCGCGCUCGGCAGGGACGCCCUCAUGGACGAGGAGGACGAGCCGCAGGCCCUUCCGCCGGAGAACAAGCGCUUCGGCUACUACUACUCCAAGGGGUGGCAGUCGCCGUUCAAGUAUGAGGCCACGUCAGGGCAACGGCUGUCGUGGAAGUACGACGCCGCCGAGCACGAGGAGGUGCACGCUCGCCAGCCGCCGCCGGCAGCGCGUUCCGAGGGCAGAUCGGCGUGCAAGGGGAGCCGCAAGUUCAGGCACGACGAGAUCAAGACGUACUAUCUCGACGCAGCCGACGUAGUCGAUGAGCAGCUCGAUUGUCUCUGUGAUUUCGAUUCAUGAGCGCACGGAACCGGGCUGCAUUGCCGCUAUACAACAAGAGGAUUUGUUUUCUUUCCUUUUUCCGUGUCCUUUUGCAGAUUUCGGGAAAGAGUGGUUGCAUACUGGAUCCAAUGGGUCGAUGUGUAUCUUUGUUCCUUUUAUUAUGAAGUAUA